GCUAUCUCUUCUGCGAUUCUGCACGGCAGUUAUUAAGAUUCAACAGCCUGUAGUCAGCGUAUUGCAUCCUUGGCAAAACACAUCCUCGACCCUGGAGGGUCAGUCAUUGGAAUGGCUCCCAUGUUAUCCGAGCCUCCCAGGCCGCGGCCUCGUCGACAGGCCUUCGUCGCAACAUGCUCACCUGACGAGCUGCUUGGUCAAGUCAUCCAGGCACUUUGUCCCAGUUACAACAUCGAUGCACCUCACCUGUUGGCAUUGCGACAAGUACUUUCAAGCGCUAUUGUGGCACCCAAAAAACCUCCGACGUUGAAGCGCACUCGUCCUGAUAGACGCAUCGGCGAGGUCUUUCCGGUCCAUGAUACACCACGUCGGUCUGUGUUUGGCCCAAACGGUCCGCCAGUAUCUGCGGAGCAAAGUUUCUAUUUCCACCAUCAGGAUCCUGAUUUCGAAAGGCUGUUGCCGCAGGUGGAUCGAACACGUUUCGACAAGCCAGAGAAACCAAACGUUUGCUCAAAUCUGAACACUGAGGAAGUUCUGGACAGUCAGGAGAGCAUGGAGUCGGUUCUUACAGUUCCUUUGGUAGCUACACCUGAUACUCAGUGCAGCGUAUCUACUGAGCCCACGACACUGCACGAACCCACGUUGAUCGAUCGCAAAGAGACGUCCACAGAGCACACACAUCAGCCAAGGAUCUCAUCCGAGUCCGAAUCGCCUGUCAGUGACAAUUCAAAAGUCAUCCCAACCAUGUCACAGGAUGGCGCGACUCAUACACUGACAAACCCUCACACUCCACCCAUUCCGGCCAUCACCAUAACGAGUCCACAGCCAACGUUCAAGGGUGCAUUGAGCCUGUCAAGAGACAUACCAGUACCAUCAGCUCUUCCAAUAGAGAUCACUGUCGCCAUGCAACCUCCACUUCUUCAGGACAGUCAUGAGGAUCCCCAGUCCUCCACUCCGGUGUGCCACAUUGUGCAGUAUACAGACACACAGGAUACCGUCAUCAGCACUCAGCAGAGCGAAGUCUUCAGCCAGCCAGUUGAUUUUGUGCACUUCACUCCGCCCACGCAGGAAGAUAGUCAGAGUGGGGUCAUGUCGUCGCAGCCAACACCCUCAGCAAUAUCGUUGGGUAAGCGGCCGCGCUCGGUAACGGAUACGAUGGAUCGGGAGCCGGAACUGAAGCGGGCGAGGUCGGGGGUGCAGGCUUCACACGGAACAUAGUAAGAAGGAAUUCGGAUCACACAUAUGCUAGCUACAAUACAACACAAAUACAGCACGGGCUUAUUGUCAGCAGCUUCGCCAUCUAAAGACUCACACGUACUAGAUCUAAGGAUGAUGAACGAACUUUACGCUUUCCCAAAGUCCGAUAG